UGAAAAGCAACAAAAUAUCUUCAUGGUGUUUUCAAAAUAUAAUUAAAAUCGAUGUGAUAAAAGAAGUAACAGAGAGUGCACUGAAAGAAAAAUUGGAUAAACGUAUCUUUGCGAAUAUAUUUACGAACUACUGAAUUACUAUCCACUCGGUACUUUAUCAAAUAAGGCGAGUGAUGUUUUUUGAUGUUUUUUUAUUAACAAAGAUGCUUAUUCAGGGAACGGGAUGGGCUGUCUCUUAUAAGUAGCAGUGUUGUAAAUUUAGUAAAAAUGUCAUCACUAGUACAUUUUAACUCUUGCAACUUAGCCUCCUAAACUAUAAUCCAUUGUGAUUUUAAUAAUUUUUUUUAUAUUUAUUUAUUUUUUUCUACUUCGUGGUGUUCUUAAAAUAUUAGUUAAAUCAGCGAUAUGAUGGAGAGAGGGAGGAAGAGGACAUUGCAAGAGAAAUUGAGUAAACGUGUUUUACAUAAAUAUUAAAUAGUUUCCUAUCAAGCGAUUCCUUUUUCUUUUACAAUAAAUUUAGAGGGAAUGGUGUGGUCCUUACUUACUAUCGAAACUACUCAAAUGAUUUCUAUUGAUAAAGAUAAUGCACAAAAUUGCGGAGGUAAACCAAGAAAAACUAUCUGGAGAAAACACGACAACAACAAACAUGACGCACUGUGAGUUGCAUACAGAGAUACCAGACUAUCUCACGUACAUUCUGGUGGCUGUUGGCUCUCUCAUCAUAAUUGUAUCUGCUAUCAGUAACAUUAGUUUGCUGAUGUUCAUACGUCAUCAGUAUCGCAACAAUGGCGCCAUGUUCUUCUUCAGAAUUAUACUGGUUAUUUCAAUGCUCAAUGUGGCGAUAGGGCAGCCGUUGGAACUGGUCAAUAUUUUAUGGAAAACAAGACUUUUGCUGGUGGACAUCUUCAGCAAUAUCUUCUUAUUUUUCUCCUUCUCAGCAAUAUACCAUUGCAUUACGUGUCAAACUAUUGUACGAUACUACAAAAUCAAAGGGAUAUCUUUACUGCAAUCACGUCAGAAAAAAACAAUCUUUCUUUUGUGUUUCACAGUAUUCGUAACGGCAAUCAAUUCACCACUCAUUUACAAUAUCUGCCAAAUUAUCAUUGAAAGAAAAAAAUGUCAGACCCAGUCCUCUGCUAUAGUAACGGUCGCCACCAUGGUUACAUGGAUAGUAUACUGCAGUUUGAUAAUUUUCAUUCUGACAAGGAAAGUGAUAAUUUAUUUGAAACAAUACGAAGACUUCAGAAAAAAAAAUUUAUCAAAACAAAGUACCCACACCAUGAAGAGCGCGAAGAGAUUAAAAAUCAUGAAAAAAAUUUGGAUUGCAUUUUCCAUUAUAUGGUUACCCUAUGGUAUUGUGAAUAUAAUCAAAGAACGUAUGAGUACACAAACGUACGAGAGGUUCAACGCAAUCUCAAGAAUCAUAGCAUUUACUUCAUUUAUAGCUUUGCCAGCAGCAUAUUAUGUAACAGACAGACGCUAUGCCACAUAUAUUCAGAAGCAACGACAAAAACUAAAAGCAUUGUUUUAAAACCAAAAUAAGAAUUGUAACGGAAAAAAAAAGUAAUUUGGAGAGAAUACACAAAGUCAAACAGAAAAUAUUAUCAAAAAGUCUCCAAAACAUUGUGAUAUGGGUUUUUUACAUUCCGUCUUAAUACAGCAAAGAAAAAUGAUUUCAAAAGGUCUAAGAAGAAACAUAGGGAUAAUUUUGUUGUAACCCGGUGCAUAAAGUUUUGGUAUGCUAAAAAAAGCUGUGAGAACAAGAUUACAAACUUUUAAUUUGAUACAGAACUUGUUUAAAUAAUUCCAUGUUUUACUUUUUUUACUUAAUUGUAUAAAUGAAUUAGUUGUUUAACGUCAAUGUGUAAAAUUGAAAAAUAAUGAAAAAAAAUGCUGUAUCUCUUAGAUUUCCAAUA